UUUUGUUUUUGGAUAAUUUAAUUAAUCGGAAAAUCAAAUAUUUAGUUUGUAUUUUUUAUCGCUUUAGGAUUGGAAAUAAUAAAAAUGGGUGCACUUACUAGCAGACAAAAUGCUGGUGUGGAAGAAGCUGAUGUUGUAUCAAAUCAUGCAUACAAGUAUCCGCCUCGAUCAGGAAAUUAUUUUGGAAGCCACUUCAUAAUGGGAGGUGAAAGAUUUGAUACUCCACAACCAGAAGCUUACUUAUUUGGUGAGAAUGCUGACCUCAACUUCCUUGGUAGCAGACCCACACCUUUUCCAUACCCACCACCUCAAUCUAAUGAGCCAACCAAAACUCUACGGAGCCUAAUCAAUAUCCGUAAGGAGUCCCUACGCUUUGUUCGCUGCCCUGAACCAGUGGGAAAAUUGAGUGAGACCAAUAAAAUUGGAGAUGGCCCUGUCAAGACUGUUGAUAAUAAUGGCAAGGGCACUUAUUACAACAUUGAGUUUACAUUUGACUGUGAUGUCAGAUGUGCUAUUACGGUGUUCUACUUUUGCACUGAAGAAGUUACACCAACUGGUAUUGUACACUACCCUCGUGAUUCAUCAAUGUCCUCCCAGACUUACCAUUACAAGAAGGGAGCUAAUCAGCAGUUUUGUCAGAUUUCUCAUGUGUUUGACCCUUCAAAGUAUCCAGAAGAAGAUCUUAUAUACAAUGCAGACCGUGAAAUUAUUCCCAUUGCAAUUUAUUGUGUUGUAGAUGAGGGGCAAGAUGAAAUAAGGCAGUCACACACAACUAUUGCUAUAGUAGAGAAGCACUUAGAUGGAACAUAUGUCUUGAAAGCUCUAAAGCAAAAAUUGUUUGUUGACGGAUUGUGUUAUCUGUUACAAGAGAUAUAUGGUAUAGAGAAUAAAAAUCUUGAUUCAAAGCCCACCUCAGAUGAGGAAACCGAAGAUGGUGGGUCUGAAUGUGUUAUCUGUAUGUGUGAUGUCCGUGACACACUGAUACUGCCCUGUCGGCAUCUCUGUUUAUGCAACUCUUGUGCGGAUUCCCUGCGUUACCAGGCCAAUAACUGUCCAAUAUGCAGAGCUCCAUUUAGGGCUCUGUUACAAAUAAGAGCCCUUCAGAAGAUUUCAGCUUCGCCGACGUCACCCGCCUUGUUGCCCGCUGCCAGUCCACCAGAUGGCAGCAUGGAGAAUAUCCCAGCAGGUUAUGAGCCGAUCUCCCUCAUUGAGGCCUUGAACGGACCUCGAGCCCGUGUCGCUCCCCUCGCCCCACCCGCCCCGGCCAUCGCCAGCCCCGAUACGGAUACAGCGUCGCAGGCCGCAGAAGUCUUAAACCGUUGCGUAGUUGAACGCAGCUCUUCAACCAGUUUGGGCAGUAGACGCAGCAGCUGUCGAGAUGAAAAGAGAGAUAGAAUCGCCCAGCAUCCACUAACACCUGAGUUCCGAAUGUCAGUGCUACUUGCCCGUGAGCAGUCCAAACGCGACGAGAAAGCUGCCAGUCCCCUUCUUCAGAAACACAACAGCACCAGUGUGCCUGACAAACUCUCCAAGAGCAAGACCUCCCUAAACUCCAUACCGACGUCGAUCCAUCGUUCUGAAGAAGAGAGCUGCUCCUGCUCCGUGGAGGGGCGAAGUGAAAUCGGUUCUGGUGAUUGUGGGGCAAAUUAUGGUGAAUGUGGAGCCGAUUGCGGGGUAGAUUGUGGUGAAUGUGGGGUGGAUGGAAACGGGGCUGAAGAUGGUGAACCUGAUAGUGAUGCGGAGAGACGUUCGCCGCUUCUUACUCAUCUUACGCAUAACGGGAUUAAAGCGAACGGCUCUUUGCGUACUCCGAGCGUGGAAGCCAUUCGACCUGCGCUCGCGCACAUUGACGACACUGAUAAUGAAGAAAACGAACAACACUCGGACCCGCUCCGUAGAGACGUGGAGUCGCCGGGGGUGGCCGAAGACUCGGACUAUUUCACACCGGAGGAUACUAACACCACGAUACUGACUGUCCCCAAGCCUAACGCAGAUGUAGGUAAUAAGAUUGAAUGCGCGCCACAACGUUGGGCUUUGCCGCAUCAUGUUACGUCGUUGCCUGGUACGCCGUUAUCGCAGUCUAGCGUGCGUUCGUCGGGCGAUUCUUACAGCUCCACGUCUUCCACUCGUCAACUUCUCGCGACUGCCCCACUUACAGCGGAUACUCCUUGUUAAAUUUACGUGACUUAGUUCGCGUCGCAACAUAAAUGUUUUAUUGCCUGUUUUUGCGAAUGCUCUUCUAUAAUGAAAGAUUUUCAAAAUCGAUUCUGUAAUUCCAGAGAUUCCUACAGAGAUAUUUGUAUUAAAGUUAGAUAUUUAUAUUAAUUGAAAAAUGUUUUUUUUUCUAUCGCCGGGUAUUAAAACAAGGACUCAAAAGAACAUAGUCCAGAUCUAGGCGAAAUUCUACGAAAUAGCAAAACUCUAAAUAACAGUGUAAUUUUUUCAAUAACUGUACUUUUAAGGAAAUAAAUUGUGGUAAUUGGCCACAAAUGAAAAAAAAAAAGAAAUACUUAGGAAUAUAUCUAGGAUUAUAGGUAUAUGUUAUAUUUGUUAAGCAAAUAACUUGUGAUCUAAAAUCAACUCAAACCCUUGUUGAGAAAUUUUACUAGAAUAAUUAGAAAUAAUAUAAAAUGGAACUUAUUAAUAAUUCAAACAUAAAAAGAUUUUAUUUUUGAAAACGAUUGAGCUGCUAGAAAUAAUAUGGUAAUAUGAUGCCUGUAGUGUGUUAUAAAAACAUGUGUUUAUACUUUUUAAAAGUAGUUUUGUGGGUAGGUGCCAAAUAUGUUUUGUCAAUCAAUCAUGUGAAGAAUUUGUAUAACCUUGAUAUCUAGUGGAUACUAUUUUUUUUUAAACUAAUUAGAGUAUAAACUCUGUGUAAUCCUAAUUGUGCUUGUGAUUUGACUGUUUGUAUUUUCUCAAAUUGUUAAUAAAUUGAUUCCAAUUUACUGCAACCAAAGUGCAGCUUAUUAUUUUAGUGCAUAUUUAGUAUUAUUAUUUUCAACUGGUUAAAACCAACUAAUAUGUAUUAAGGUGACUGAAUAACAUUCCUGGAAUCUCUAUAUUUUUCCUUUAUAUUAAAAAUAAAUACUAUGUAUGCA